UCUAGCGGAUUAUUUGUAACAGAAUCAACAUGCUACUUGCGUAAGGGAUUUUUGUCUCUUUCCACUAACAUAACCUAUCAAGGGUAAUUUUGAAUGAUGAAUUAAAAAUCUAAAUCAUUUUGUGUGUGUGCGUGUAUGUGUGUGUGUGUCAUUUUAAAAUGGCUUUUUUAAUUAAACAAUUAAAGGUCGGAGAAUUGAUGAAAGUAUCUGUUAGAUAUAAACAUGGUCCAAAUCAUUGGUCUGUGAUCCGGAAGAAAAAAAAGAGUAAAGACAAAGCAUUGGAAUAUUUUGACGACUUUUACGCUAAAGUAUAUGGAAAAGCAUGGGAUAAGAUAAGAACCGCAUUGCUACAAGAAGAAACAAAAUAUAUAGCAGUGGUUAAUAACUAUAGCGAUGUGGAAAAAAUACAAACAACUUUGGAGAAUUAUGGAGCGAUAAAUGUAAAAUCAAUAUAUGAUGUAUUUCUGGAAAAUCCAGAAGAGAAUAAUCAAAAAUCUAUCAAACAAAAGAAUUCAAAGAACACUACUAAGCCAAAUGGUAGGAUAGAUAAUGUGAUAUCAGAAAAGCAAAAGGCAGAAGUACAAUCGCUUUACCCAUCUGAUUAUGAACCAUCUCCUGAAUUGUUGAACUCUACAGAGUCUACAGAGACAAAUGAUAUAACUGACAAUAUUGAUAAACCAUUACAAUCAGUGCAAUUAAAAUCUAUUGCCGAUGAUUCUAAUGAAAUUAAUAUUGAUAACAGUCGUAUCGUUCUUCCCACUGAUAGCACAACAGGACUUUAUGAAUUUAUACCGGUAACAAAAUUGAAAGGUUUGGAAGAUUAUGUCCUAGAAUCUGAACAUUAUGAAUAUUAUCGGAAGGCAGGUGAUUUUGAAAUACCUGUGGAAAAAGAGAAAAUUUUGUCUUUUCCAAAAUAUCUUAAAUGUUAUACAUACGAAGAGUUUAGCAAUGAAAGAUUUCCAGCUCCCAAAAAAGGAUCCACCGGAGUAUUAGAUUAUUAUCUUUUUGAUGGAGGUUCGUUACUUCCUGUUUUGGCUCUUGAUUUACAAUUAGGUGAUUAUGUAUUAGAUAUGUGCGCAGCACCUGGAGGCAAGACUCUAACAAUUUUACAGACACUUAUGCCCAGUUUAGUGGUAGCCAAUGAUUUAUCAAUAUCUAGAGUUAAAAGAAUAAAGCAAGUUAUAGACCAAUACAUAAUAGAUAUAGGAGAGAUUAAAGAAAGAUUAGUUAUAUCGGAACAAGAUGCUCGUAGAAUUGAAGAUAAAAACAUCUACAAUAAGAUACUUGUCGAUGUCCCAUGUACAACGGACAGGCAUGUAUUACACGAAAAUGAUAACAAUAUUUUUAAACCUUCAAGAAUCAAAGAAAGAUUGAAAAUGCCAGAAAUGCAAGCAGAAAUUUUAUACAAUGCAUUGAAAUUAGUAACUGUUGGCGGUACCGUUGUAUAUUCAACCUGUUCUCUUAGUCCGAUACAAAAUGAUGGCGUUGUACAAAUGGCAUUGAAAAGAAUAUGGGAAGAAAGUAACACUGUUAUAGUUGUAAAAGAUAUGACAGAUGCUUUAAAUCCAUUGCAAACAUUAUUUAAUUUUGGAAAUUUUGGUUUAAAACAUGGGCAUAUUGUUAUACCUACUAUCGGUUAUAACUGGGGUCCUAUGUACUUUUGUAAAAUGAUUAAAAUGAAAUCAUAAAGAUAAUAAAAAAUAGUUAGAAGAAAUUUUUACUCCAUUUUUCAUAGAUCGUAUAUAUUAUGUAUAUAUAAAAACUUUUUACAUAAAAAUAGUCUGUAAAUAUUCCUGUGAUAAUUCGACUGCUUGCAGUUUUUUAAAAUUGCGCAUUAAGUCUUUCAAUAUAUUCAAAAUACUAAUAAAUAGUAUUUAUUAAUUGUUAGAAA